UUCUAUUGUAACACAAAGUCAACCAUCUGAAAAUGUUAGAAAACAGCAAAUCCUUGUUCAGUUGUUGAUAAUAAAUAUAUUACUAUGCAAUAUGCCUUAAAUAUGAGAUGACAUAUAUUUUAUUUUGCAUCAAGAGGUAUACUCUAUGAUUGUUCAAAGAAUAUGAUGAGCUACAAGCUUGGUCUAAGUUUAAAACUCAACAUUAUGCAAGUUCUUACCCAAUCUAAGUUGCAAACCAGAAUUGAACAAAUGUGGCAAUAUUUUUAUCUUACACUUUCAAUUGAAUUCUGAAUUACUUAUGGUGCAUUGGUAUCCAUUAGAGGUUACUAUGUUGGAACAUCAUCACUAGAAGAAGGUGAAACCAUUGAAGGAUGCUGCAUAUUUCGAGGCAGCAUGGCGAAACUUGAUGCCUUAUCCGGCGCCAUCAUAUGGCAAACCUACAUGUUACCGGAUAACAAUGGCACGGUAGGAGGGUAUGCAGGAGCAGCCAUAUGGGGUAGCAGCCCCUCCAUUGAUGCUCAAAGAAACCAUGUCUACAUUGCCACUGGGAACCUCUACUCAGCGCCGCGACGAAUACUUGAGUGUCAAGAAAGGCAGAGCAACAGAACAGUGCCUACUGAACCUGAUGAGUGUGUUGAGCCUGAAAACCACUCCAAUUCAAUCUUGGCCCUUGAUUUGGACACUGGAAAGAUCCAAUGGUACCGGCAACUAGGAGGGUAUGAUGUAUGGUUUUAUCAAUGCAACAAUGCUUCAAUUCCUGGUUGUCCUCCUUCUGGUCCUACCCCUGAUGCUGAUUUUGGUGAGGCACCAAUGAUGUUGAGUGUAUAUGUUAAUGGAACCAAGAAAGAUCUUGUUGCUGCCGUUCAGAAAAGUGGCUAUGCAUGGGCUUUGGAUCGCAGCAAUGGCAACAUUCCUUGGUUUACGGAGGCUGGACCAGGCGGACUAGCAGGAGGAGGAACAUGGGGUGCGGCGACGGACGAAAGGAGAGUUUACACAAACAUUGCAAAUUCCGGGGCCAAAAACUUCACUCUUGCACCAUCAAACAGAACCACAACUAGUGGUGGUUGGGUGGCAAUGGAUGCAAGUAAUGGGAAAAUUGUAUGGUCCACUGCUAAUCCUAGUAACAGCACUUCUAAUGGACCUGUUAGUGUUGCAAAUGAUGUUGUCUUUGCUGGAUCAAUAGAUCUAUUGGGAUCAAUAUAUGCAAUGAAUGCAAAAAAUGGGAAGAUUUUGUGGUCCUACAAAACUGGAGCAAGUGUGUAUGGAGGCAUGUCAAUUAGCAACGGUUGCAUAUAUGUUGGCAGUGGUUAUAAUGUUAGUUUGGGGUUUCCUAACUUGUCGGGUGGAACCUCGUUAUCUGCAUUUUGUGUCUAAGAACUUUACAUCAUAUAUUGUUAAGUACUCCACUCACUGUGAGUAAUGUAAACUUUUUUCAAUAAAAUUAUCAAGAAAAGUAAAUUAUACCAUAGAA